CCUUUGAGAAAUCCUUAAAAAGGCUCACAGUAGAGCAGACAGGAACCUACAAGGUCUUGCCAGAAGAAUCUAACCUGAAGAGCCUGAGUGGAGCUGUUAGUCCUACUUUUGUUCUCGAACAUGUGGGUCCGCUUGGCUGUGUUUGUAUGCUGGCUGGUGCUGGGUGGUCAGGGACAGGACAGAGCCUCAUUCCACAGGUCUGGGGACCGUAACGGCCGGUGCCAGUACACUUUCACUGUGGACAGUCCGGUCGAGUCCAGCUGUCCGAGCUCAAUCAGAGGCCCAGAGACUGAAAACCUCAGUGCUCGCCUCACGCUGCUCGAGGCUGUGGUCAGCCGAGUCCUGGGGGCUGAGGGGCUCACAGAGGUAGCCGGAGAAGCCUCGGACGUCCAGGAGACCAGGCGGCUCAUUCAGGAUAAAGAGCAGCUGGACAGGCAGGUGCAGGAGCUCCGCAGACGGGUGGAACAGCUGACCAUGGAGACGGAGAAGCUCAGGGAGAAGCCCUGUCCGCUGGUGCAGGCCGACCCUACUGACGGCUUUGGGGUCAUGAAGGGCAGCGGGCCCGUCACUAAUGGUGAAUUCCAGGAGCUGAAGGCUGAGUUGUCUGAGCUUCCAGCGCCUGCUAAAGUUCGAGAGAACGUCCAGAACAACACAGGUUGCGGGGAACUUGUUUCUGUAGGAGAACCUGAGACCCAUCAAAAGGCAGAUGGCAUCACUGGAAAAUACGGGAUGUGGUUCCAAGACCCCGUGGCUACAGGGCGUCUUUACGGCCCGAAUACGGUGUGGCGCAUCAAUGCUGUGGGCAAAGAUGUGAAAGAGCUGUACGCCUACGAGAACCUGGAGCAGCUGGCCCGAGGCUUGCCCAUGAAGGUGGUGGUCCUGCCGGAGCCGGUGGAGAGCACAGGGGCAACUGUAUACCGGGGCUUCUUGUACUACCAGCGAAGACGAAGCCCCACCCUGCUGCGUUUUGACCUGGCCUCUGAGAAGAUUGUGUCCCGAAAGGACCUGCCCCAGGCCGGCUUCCAUGGCAAGUACCCCUACUCUUGGGGUGGUUACACUGAUAUCGACCUGGCUGUAGAUGAGCAAGGCCUGUGGGCAAUCUACAGCACUGACAAGGCCAGGGGAGCAAUAGUACUGUCCCAACUAGAUCCUGAGAGUCUGGAGGUGAUCAGGAGCUGGGAGACCAAUGUAAGAAAGAACAAGGUGGCCAAUGCCUUCAUGAUCUGUGGAAGGCUGUACACAAUAGCCAGCUACAGCACCAAAACCACCACGGUCAACUACACCUUCGAUACAGCCAGUGGGAAGAGCAAGAUGCUGGAUGUGCCUUUCCACAAUCACUACCGUUACAACAGCAUGAUUGACUACAACUACGCCAAGAAAAAACUGUACGCCUGGGACAACUUCCACAUGGUCACCUACGAUGUCAAACUUGGGGGCUUCUAAGUGAGGAUCCAGAAUGGUGCAGAUCUUGACUGCCAGUGGUUCCCAAUCCUGGUUCUGGAAGACCCUUGUCCUGCAGAUUUUUUUGCAUGUCUCUGCUCUAAUUGUGUGAGCAGAUGGUCCUGGUCAAGGUCAGAAAAUUGUCAUGUAUCCAAACCAUAACCACCAAUUGUUAGCAUUUAGGUGGCCCUUGGUAACUGGCAAACUUACAUGAACAACAGAUAUAAGCACUGGGAUGGACCAAUGACAUCACUCACUACAAAAAAUUACAACGUAUGCGUUGUUACGUGCUAGUAACUAUUGUUAGAACCUGCCUAUUUACUACAGAUAGGCUUGGCGGAACAGUCUUGGCCAAAUUAUAAACAUGCUACAGUGGUCUGUGAAGUGGGAUUUUCUGGUUUAAAGACUAGAAAAACCUUCUUCUGGGGGCAGUUUAAUUUUUCUUUUUCUUUUUUUUUUGUAAACUGGUGAAUGUAGAAGAAAAGCAGAUAGCUAAUGUCACUAGUAAGUAGCCAAAGUUCGAAUAGUUGAAUAACAGUAGCAAAUGACUUCAAAUCAUCAUCACGAUGGAGGGAAUAGACUAAUCAAACAACAGACAUGACAUGUCAGAGGAGGAGCACAACAAGCUAAAUUUGGCAAGGUAGCCAGCUAUCUUGAUACCUUGCAUCACUUAGACUCCCUUUCUUUGGCUGGAGAGGUAAAAAACACUUUGGUCUCUGCACAUUUUGCACUGGGUAAAGAAGGAAUCACUGUUUUCUUUACAAUUUUGUUUGAUGAUUGAAGCAAAAGUUUCACUAAUGGCUGCAUUUAUUAGACCAUAGCUCAGUGGCUAGCAGUCAGGAUUGGUUGAAGCCACAAGGACCCCCACUGGCUGUAUAUUUGCUGCGUAAUCUGGGUAUUGUAGUGGGAGUACAGUGGGAGGAAAAGAUGAAUCCAAUAAAAUCAUGAAUUCUGUCAAACUGAUAAAGGAUAUAAUUUUGUCCACAAUACUACAUAACAUGACAACAUGUUAAAACUCUAGUUUCAGGCCGGAUAGUUUGGUCUACCGAUGUGCUUUGUAAUAUACUACUCAUAAACUCAAAAAGAUGUGGGACUUGCCUAUGUUUACUACUUCAAUGCACAGCUUUGUCAAGUGCAACUUCCUUGCAAUAACUUGGAAAUUCACAAGGUUACAAAGACCAAAACAGCUUCGUUCAUUAAUAACCCAACUAUUUAGAGCAGAUGUGUUACAGAAGGGAUAACAGGGCUACAUCAGGACCAGGGCUGGGAGCCACUGCUAUGUGGAACAGAAUCAUGGAUACAAGCACUUACGCAGUGCCUUGAACAGCAUUCACCCUUAAAGACUUUAAAUGCUUUGGAAAUCUUUAAUCAUUCAUCUGUAUUAAUCUGCAGCCCAAGGCUUGACUGGUUACAGGGGAAAAUAUCCUAAUUAAACUGGAUACAGGUUUCAUGCUUGAGGCUAAAUAUGUUUUGUGCACUCCUUAAAAUGAGCAACAAGAAAACACACAACCCACAGCUACAGAUACACACUUGUUUCAGUUCAUUGACAGGUGAGAGAAAACUGCUUCUGUAUUCAUUGUGUUUAAGCAUGUACAGUCAUGUGCAAAAGUCCCUGGUCAAAUUACAGGUUUUGUCGAUUUUCUAAGUGAAUAUCCUUUACGGAGAACACACGUAGCCUCUUCAGCUCCUUGAGACCUCCGGUGGUUCCAAAACGCACUUCGUCAUGUUCUUCAUAACGUUCAUACUCCAUAAGCUCCAUUCAGAAGCUGGGCGUCGUGUGAGGCUGUAGCUCUUC